AUGACAACCACAACCUUCAUCUCCAGCACGACCACCCUCUCCACCCUCUUAACCAGCCUGACCAACCUCCCCACCUCCCCUCCAAGUCUCUACCUCGACCUCGAAGGCGCAAAACUAAGCCGCCACGGCACCAUCUCCCUGCUAACCCUGUACAUCCCGCCCAAAAACACAAUCUACCUAAUCGACAUCCACACCCUCGGCGCAACCGCCUUCUCCACACCCUCAACCCCCCUCCCUACCAACGAACCCUCCAUAACCCUCAAAUCCCUCCUCGAAUCCCCCACAACACCCAAAAUCUUCUUCGACGUGCGCAACGACUCUGACGCCCUCUUCGCCCACUACAACAUCGCCCUGCAAUGCAUCCACGACGUGCAGCUCAUGGAGCUCGCCACGCGCCGCACCCCCUCGCGCACCCAUCUCUCCAGCCUGGCGAAGUGCAUCGAACACGACGUCGCGUUGUCGGCUGCUGAGCAGCAGCAGUCGCGGCACGUCAAGGAGCAGGGGUUGAAUCUGUUUUCUCCUGAGCGCGGGGGUUCGUAUGCGGUGUUCAACGAGCGGCCACUCAGGGCGGCGGUUCGGGACUACUGUGUGUUGGAUGCUGUGCAUAUGCCUGGGCUGUGGAGGGCGUAUUCUGGGAGGAUGAGUGCGUUUUGGUGGGUUAUGGUGAGGGAGGCUGGGGCGGAGAGGGUUAGGGAGAGUCAGGGGGUGGGGUAUGUGUCGCAUGGUGGGCAUAAGGCGUUGGGGUGCUGGAGUGGGGCGCAGAUUCGGGUCGCAGAACGGAGGUGGCAAAGUGGAGUGAGGAGUGGGCUUUGUGCGUGA